CGACGCGCUCUUGAGCGCCAGGCAGCCGGGCGAGAGGAUGGCGCUGAGCACCGCGAAGGCAGCCCCCGCCCGGAGGAACCUUUUCGGGCCGGUGGACCACGACCACCUGCAGCAGGAGCUCCAGAGAGCGAUGAGCUCUGGCUUGGAACAGGCGAAGCAGCGGUGGAACUUCGACUUCUUCCGGGAAAGGCCCACCGCGGGUCCCCUCCAGUGGGAAGAGCUGCGGGGCCACGAGGUCCCUGCCUUCUACCACACCUGCGUGGCCAGGGAGGCCCGCCACCCGCUGCAGCCCCUGAACAGGGCCGGGGACAGAGACGCGAAAGCGCACCUCCUCGGCAGAGAGGUGGACCGGGCCGGGCCAGCCAGGAAGGGGGCGGCGAAGAAGCGACGGCAGACCUACGUGACGGAUUAUUAUGCAACGAAGAAGCAGAUCAGAAAAGAUAUGCAAACACCUGUAAAGAAAUUGCCCUUCUGAGCUGGAGCAUCAUAUGGUGGAUCUCUUCCCAGACUUUUUUUUUUUAAAGGAACUGCCAAGCUUAUACAACAUUUCAAAAUGAUAUAUUCAGAUAACUAACACUUUGUAGCUUCACACAGAAGAACAGUGAAAGUGGGAUUAGUUAUUAAACUCUUAUUAAAAUGCAGUCAAGCCAAAUAAACGAAAUAGCUCGGGGAACCUUUAAAAAAACCUGAUCCUCAAGGAAGAAACAGACUAAUUGUAGCAACAAUCACAGUUCAGAAAGAAUUGCUUAUCUGAAAAUGGCCAGCAGAAGUGUUUAAAAUACUGAUGAACAAAUUGUGAGCAGCAUUCUACUUACCAAGUUGUUGUUUUUUUACUUAUUUAAUAUAUUAGGUUUCAUCUCAGUGUGAAAAGCAAAAAUGUUUUACCAGCUUAGUGAAUUUAAGUUUUAAAAAUGGAAUCAGCAUUCCUGUUUCUCAGUUUGCAUCCAAUUCACAUGAGCACUCCGCCUCUUCACUUUCCAUCCAGAUGCGACCUAUGUUACCAUUUACUACAGGAGUGCAACACACACAAAAAGGGUGGGGCUUCAUCACACAAUCGCCAGCACUGCCUUGACUUUUCUUACACACAGACACUGCAGAUGUGUCUCGCAUCUGGAAAGCCCCAGGCAAAUGUGUUUAUCAGCCUGUUUGACUUCCAGAAGUCCUUUGUCCUAUAGACUAGAUUUCUUCCCAUAACAAUGUGUCUCGGCUUCAGUAGAUGGAUUUUAUUUAUCUUCCUGGAGAAUAUGUGUUUAAUCAUAUACAUGGUGUUGUGGGCUUCAGAUCUAGUGGAGCUGGACUUAAAGUGAAGCAGUAUAGACCUGGCCAUAUAGAAGGGUUGAAAUGCUUCAUUCCCAAUUUGGCUAAGUCAAUAUUAACUAGGAAUUGGCUACAUUCAGUUGCACCCAGGAAAAACAGCAGAUGUACCUCAGAUUGAACCCUGAAUCCUACAUCAUAUAUUCUGGGCUACAUUUUGUCACGAGAUCACUGGUUUUGGCAGUGUGACAUGAUGGUACUAUUUUAUAAUAUCUGUGUUUUUAGAUCACUUGGUGUACAAUGUGUGUGGAUG